AGCAAAUUCAGUCACACCACGGCCAGCGCGCAGUAAGCAACAUAGAACACGACAGGGCGCAGCUGGAAGCCCCCAAAAGAGAGAACCUGCAACACGAUAAAGCCAGGGGAAGCGCAGGAGAGGGCAGCAGAAACCCAAAGUUACAGUUACUGUUGUUAUUUUUUUGCUGUUGUUUUUUUUUUUUGAUUGCCAAGAAGAAUCGGACGUAGUGUCAGUGCUAAGAGUUUGCCACAAAAAUGUAAAACCAAACCGGAGAGCCAAAAGACCCAAAACAAACAUAUAACAAUAAUUAGUGAUCUAAGCCACAGAAUCCAAGCUCAGGAUGUCGGACCAGCAGAGAGCCUCCCUGUGUCCCCGUCUGGUGGAUUACAUGGCCAUUGUGGGGGCCCACACGACGCCGCCCAUGCCGAAGGGCCUCCAGGGUCUCAAGGCCCCGCCCGUGCAGGUGCCCGAUCUGCUGCGACGCUACCCGCCCUCCGAUCAUGCCGACUUCCCCCUGCCCCUGGACAUGGUCUACUUCUGCCAACCGGAGGGCUGCACCAGCGUGGGACCCCGGCGCACGGGUUCCGCCAUUCGGGACAUGACCUCCUUCGUCUUCGCCCUGACGGACAAGGACUCGGGCAAGACGCGCUACGGCAUCUGUGUGAACUUCUACAGGCCCAUUGAGCGUCCCAGCUCGGCGGCCGGAGGAGCGGGAGCGGGAGGCGACCGGUCAGGCAACGGUGGCGGCCACGGAGGCGGCGGUGGAGCUGGAGGCGGUGGCGGCGGCGGUCGUGGCGGCAGGCGCUCCUCGGCUUUUCGACGCGAGUCCUGGCGGAAGAGUAUGGAACGCAGCUCGGACUCCGCUUUUAGCAGCGACUACAGAAGUAACGUAGCGCCCAGCGAUUCGGACCGUGAACUUACCUCGCGCCGCGACUCCGACCAGCAGCGGCUGCACCACCAGUCGCAGCACCACCACCAGGGCCAUCACGGCCCACCCGGCCACCCGGGUCACCAUCAGGUGCCCAAGCUCGGCCUGAUGGCCCCCUCGGCGGACUCGGAGUCGGGUGGCAGCCACUCGCCCUCGCCGCGCGCCUCUCGGAAGCGGACGAAGCUGCGCAACCAGUCGCUCACCUCGCUGUGCAUCAUCUCGCACCACCCGUUCUUCACCACCUUCCGGGAGUGCCUGUUCAUCCUGAAGAAGCUGAUCGAUGCCUGCAACGAGUCCUCCUCCCCGAAGCGGGUGGGUGCCUCCCAGAAGAUCAAUCGGGACAAUGUGUGGACGGUGCUGACGGGACAUGCCAGCGAGGCUACACCCUCGAUUGUCCUGCACGAUGUGCGGGAGAUCGAGACGUGGAUCCUGCGGCUGCUCUCUACUCCAGUACCAGUUCCAGGUUCCACGAGGGUGGAGGUGGAAGUACUCUCCCCCACGGUGCACGAACCACUUCUUUUUGCCCUGCCCGACCACACCCGCUUCUCCCUGGUGGACUUUCCCCUCCACCUGCCCCUUGAGCUACUCGGCGUGGAGACCUGCCUGAAAGUCUGGACCCUGAUCAUGCAGGAGAACAAGGUGCUGUUCCAGUCUCGGGACUACAACGCCCUCUCCAUGUCGGUCAUGGCCUUCGUCACCAUGCUGUAUCCCCUAGAGUACAUGUUUCCAGUGAUUCCGCUCCUGCCCACCUGCCUGAGCUGCGCGGAACAGUUGCUCCUGGCACCCACACCAUUCGUGAUUGGUGUGCCGGCCUCUUUCCUGGUCUACAAGAAGAACUUCCGUUUACCGGAUGAUAUCUGGGUGGUGGAUCUGGACUCCACCAAGCUGACGCCGCCAACCGGGGGCUAUGAGGAAAUACCACCGCUACCUGAACCCGAGGGCACCAUCCUGAAGAAUCACCUGAAGCAGGCUAUGCUACUGAUGGAUGAAGCUGGACUUGGUGCUCUCACCUCGAUGACGGCCACCAACCAGGCGGUGUCCUCCCAGCAGCUUUUGCCCUCCGUGCGGGACAGUCUUCAGGAGCCGCCCUUGCUGGGGGUUUCCCAAGUCCGGCUGCCACUGCAAACGCCUCCCCACUCGGCCCAGGCCAGCCAAAGGAACUCCGUGUCCGCCCAGGGCACUAUCAGUUCCCGACAGCCCAGUCCGAUGAACUCGCCGGCUCUGAAUCCCUUCGUAUACGGCACAGACGUCGACUCCGUGGACGUGGCCACUCGAGUAGCCAUGGUGCGUUUCUUUAACGCCCAGAAUACGCUGGCCAACUUUGCGGAGCACACGCGCACCCUGCGCCUCUAUCCGCGUCCGGUGGUCGCCUUCCAGAUCAAUAGUUUCCUGCGGUCCCGGCCGAGGGCCUCCCAGUUCCUCAACCAAUUCGCCCGCACCCAGGCCGUGGAGUUCCUGGCGGAGUGGUCGCUGACCCCCACCAACGUGGCCUUCCUGCGGGUCCAAACCGGAGUGAUGGACCCUAUGCAGGUGGGCGACAAGCCCAAGUGGUUCGCCCACGCCCUGACCCCCAUCCGGUUCUCUGUGUGGGACGACGGCAGCUCCCUCAACGGUGCCCUCCGCUCCCUCAAGCAGCUAGAGUGCCAGCCCACGGACGAAAGUGGCUCCGACUCGGAGGGAGCGGACAGCAGCAGCUCCUCGUACAGCUCUCUGAGCGACUUCGUCUCGGAGAUGGCCUCCUCGGACCUCUCCCCCAGUCUACACGAUGUCUUCGGCUCUUACAACCGGCCGCACGUGGUGCCCCAAACCCUCUCCUCCAACCUGGACCCCGCCCUCGUUUACCAUCCGCCCAGCAAGCUGCAGUACCCCGAGGGCAUUCAUGACGGAGCCACCAGCAAGAAGGAAGAAGAGGAGGAGGACGAACGGGCCGACUCACCGGUAUCCUCCUCGUCCAGUCGCUCCGACCUCAGCUCGCCCAGCUUUAAUCGCGACUCGGAGUUCGACUUCCAGCCGAAGGGCGGUGCCCAGGCUGGGGUUCCUGGCUCGGGAACCGGCGGAGGUGCUGGCUUCGAACUGGCUACUCGGCUGGAGGCCACCAUAAAGAUGGCCAGCGUGGAGCAAGAGGCUGAGCCGGACUCCAGAAGCCCCAAGGUGCCUGCGGGCAAGCUCCAGCGUCAUCCCAGCGAUUCGGAGCGUCACGAAAAGAAGCUACCGCCACCACUUACUCCGCCGAUCAAGCAGCCGGGUGUAAGCAACAUCCUGGCCAGGACGGGCAGCUCCGGAUCCAGUUCCAGCAGUCCGGGUCGCCAGAGCUCGCAGAGUUCGCUCUUUGAGAACUUCGCCUCGCACGCCAAGGAGCUGGUGAGGGAGACGACGCGCCAGAGCAGUCAGGAGGGUCUCCUGGCUCACGUGGACAAGCAUGCGCAGGACGAAGAUCUUGACGACAAAAUGCGUCAUACCUUCGAAAAGUUCACGCUGCACGCCAAGAAGGCGGCAGGCGAGGCCUCCAAGCAGGCCCUGGAGGUGUCCAAGCAGGCGGCGGGGGUGAGCAAGAACACCCUGGAAGACCUCACCUACGUGGGCAAGUCCACCCUUGGCGAUCUGACGAAGACUGCCAAGGAGGCGGCCACCAAGAAAGGCAUCAUCAAGAUCGAGGAUCACCAUGGAGGUGCGCCGUCUUCAGUGGGUCCUGGGGGAUCGGUGCCUCCGGCAAAGGCUCCGCCCGGAUCCCAGCUGGCCACCCAGAAGCAGGUCCAGCAGAGCGGCGGAACCGGAGGCAACAACUUCUUCUCCUCCAUAGGCAGUGACUUCAAUGGUCUGGCCUCCUCCACCUCCACCAUGUUUUCCGGGAUGUUUGGCAAAAAGAACCAGCAAAAGCAGGCUGCAGUGCCUCAUAAAGCACCAGUGUCCUCCGCGAAGACAAAGACCGGAGGGCUCAACUUCGACCCCUUCCCGGGCAGGAAGGGCCUGGUCGAGCGCACGCCACUGAUCAAGCACUCGGGUCCGCGGCAGACGCAGGAGGAACUGACCCGGCAGCAGAACCAGGAGCGCUCGCACAGCAACGCUGAGAAUCAAGCCUUCUUGAAGGACGUCACUAACCAGGUCCUGGCUGGCGAAGGUGUGGGCUGGCUGAAGCUCAACCGCUUCAAGAAGCUGAUGGAGGACGAGUCCUACCGGACCCUGGUGCUCAGCAAGCUCAACAAGACGCUGGACAAGAAGAUAGCCCCCGACGACCACAUCGACGACGUGUGCGUCACCAAGCCCGUUUGGAAGGGAAUGCUCAAGUGCGUUCAGGCCAUUGCCGCUGGGUUGGACGUGACCUUCGGAAACUUCGGUUUGGGCGGCAUGGCCUCCGUCUUCCAGCUGAUGGAGGUGGCACACACCCACUACUGGAGCAAGGAGAUCAAUGAUGGCAGCGACAUGUCCUCCAGCCUCCUCUCCAGCCACGCCGCCAGUCCAAUGGGCAGCCGGGAGAACCUACGCUCCCCUAGCUCUCCCAACGGCUCCCACUCUGGGCUGGGCAGCGAGUGGGCUUCGCCCCAGGAGUCGCGCAAGAGCUCCACCCAGCUGCCGCCCUCAGGAGCUAGUGCCGGAGGCACUCCGGCUGCCAACCGACGCCUGUCCUCGGCGGACAGCCAGGACGGCCAGUCCACGACGGAGAUGUUCAAGGACAUGCUGUCGCAGAAGAGAAGUGCCUUGAAGAACAUGCUCACCUCGUUCGACUCAGAUGCAGCCGGAUCUACGGGCGCGCUCUCCGUGGUCAGCGAUCUCCUUCCGACCGGCAGUCUGGGCGUCCGCUUGCCCUCCAGCUGCCGGUCCACGGUCUCGGACACCGAGUACGAAAAUACAACCACGUCGAAGGACUCGAAGAAGAGCACCGGAAACCUUUGGUCCGGCAAGUCAACACUGAGCGCCGGCUUCCGGUAUACGGGCGGACACCUGAUCAACACCUCGUCCUCGCCCUCCCCGGACAGUCCCCGGGUGUACCUGUUCGAGGGACUACUGGGCAAGGAUCGCCUGAAUCUGUGGAACCAGAUGCAGUUCUGGGAGGACGCCUUCUUGGAUGCAGUUAGCCAGGAACGUGACAUGAUUGGAAUGGAUCAGGGCCCCAUCGAGAUGAUGGAGCGGUACAAGUCCCUGAGCGAAUCGGAACGCAAGAGGCUGGAGCACGACGAGGAUCGCCUGCUCUCGACCAUGCUGUACAACCUGACGGCCAUCCUGGUGAUGCUGAACGUCAGCAAGGACGAGAUCCGGCGCAAGAUUCGACGACUGCUGGGCAAGAGCCACAUCGGCCUGGUCUACUCGCAGGAGGUGCACAAUGUGGUUGAUCAAAUCAACAAUUUGAAUGGCAACGACAUUGACCUGAAGCCACUGGGCUCGCGGCUCCUUCACCGCCAGAGCUUCACCGUCCACCAGGGCACGGACGUAAACGGACCGCUCCGGUUCAUGGAGGUGCGGGACGACGGCCUGGUGCUGCGCUCGGUGGACGGUACCAUUGUGGAGCGCUGGUGGUACGAGCGGCUGGUCAACAUGACGUACUCCCCAAAGACCAAGCUGCUCUGCCUGUGGCGCCGCAAUGGGGGUCAGACCCAGUUGCACAAGUACUACACAAGGAAGUGCAAAGAGCUUUACAAUUGCAUCAAGGAGGCAAUGGAGCGAGGUGGCACGCCCACCAAUGUCCCCGAACUGGGCGGAGAAUUUCCCGUCCAGGAUAUGAACACGGGCGAGGGCGGCCUGCUGCAGGUGUGCCUCGAGGGUGUCGGUUUGUUAUUCUCCAAUAGCAAGGUGAGUCCUUCUCAGAUCUCUCUGUUGCUCCUUCUCUCUCGCUCUAUCUCUCUUUCUCUCUAAGUCGAUCGAUGAUCC